AUGGAAGAAACUAUUGAAUGGAUGAAGCAAAGCGUAGAAAUCAAUCAAAAUGCAAUCGCCAUCAACCUAUCAAAGGACACUGAUCAUAAUCCUUCCUUAAUCGAAUAUCUGGUAUAUAAAUAUUCCAAAAUGAAGUACUUGAAGAUGGAAUCAAGCUACUUCCGCGAUCAAAACAAAGAAGACGAGCGUAUUUCCAGAGCAAUUAGCAAUAUAUCAAGUUAUAACUUGAAGGAUCAAAACAACUUUCAGUAUAUUUUCCCAUGUCUCGACAUCUUGAAAGGCGAUAAAAACGUGUUCCAGCUCAUGUUUGUUGGAGAAUCACAUAAGCACCUCUAUGAAGACGGUAGUAUUUUAGAAAGCCGGGUAAACCAAGAUCAGCAGCCCAUCACUAAAUCUCGAAUCCACCUGUAA